AUGAAGCUGCAAAUCCUUCCCGUCGUCCUUUUCUUUUACGCAUCGCAAGUCUUGGCAGCGUGCGGCCCGAACCAGGUCGAGCUUUGGGACCUUCACGUGAUCGACGGCACAGCACAAUGUUCCAACUACGGUUGCUACAAUGCUUGUGCUGGAGAAGGCGGUUCCGGGUCUUGCAACGGCUGCACCCAGCAGGGCGGGCCCAACGUCAGAACGCUUGGGGCGAGCUACUGCUGUGAUGGCCCCAUCCAAGGCCUCUUUAACACCUGGCAUUAA